AUGGAAACAUUAAAGGGGAGUAUUAUACAAAAUAUAUAUACCCCAAAAACCAAUAAAAUUAAAAAUGUUAAUGAAAGGAAAAAUACAUCCCUUUUCCGAGAUGACUCAGUGUAUUUUUACAAUGACGUCAAUACCGAAGCAAUCUCUUUAUUAGAUCGAGCAACCCAACAAAUAGACUAUAAUAUGAUAAAAAAUGACUGUAUUUUAUACAAAGACGGGAACAAAAAUCAGCAUACAAAAAAAGAAAAGGAAUUUGACAAAAUAACAAAAAUUGUAAAUGAUGCCGAUUAUUUAAAUUCCUUAAAAAGUAAAAUGCACACAACGGACAUUGAAAAAAUUAUACAACCAUUAGGAAUAUAUUCCUCAAAAAAAAAAUCUAAAAGCCAUGGAGAAAAAGAUAAUGAUAUAAUUUAUAAAAAUAAAUAUGAAUCCCUUAAAAAGGAAUAUGACGAUCUUAAGGAAAGAAUGGACAUCAAGAUUGAUCUUGAACUUAUUAAGUCAGGAGCUUUUUACACCAAAGAAGACAUACAUGAUGUUCUUCGUCUGAUAAAAAAAUAUCAAUCUAAAAUUAAAGAAAAGAAAGAUAUUAUAGAUACCCAAAAUAAUGUUAUAGAAAAUAUAAUGGAACAAACCAAGCUAAAUCGAAAUAAGUUUAUCGUUGAAAAAAAAAAAAAUGAAGAUAUGGCAAAGAUAUGCAAUUCCUAUUACCACCAAAGUAAAAAAACACAAAUGAAGAUGAAAAUGUUGAAGUACUCAUUUCUCGAAUAUAAAAUGGCCUUGGAAAAUAUUGUCUCAUGCUGUGAACAAAUUGGGGGGGACAAAAUAAUCUUAAUGGACGCGAUAAAAUCUGCCAAAACACAAACGGAUUUAUCAAUUGCAACUGAAAUGCUGAACAUGAAAAAAAUUAAGGAGCUCGAAAUGAGCAUAUGCUAUUGUGAGCACCACAUAAAUUACUUAAAUGAAGAAUUAAACAUAAAGUUACAAGAGUUAAAAAAUGAAAUAAAAGAAAAAAAAGAAGCUCAAAACGAAAUAUAUUCAUAUAAAAAGGAAAUAACAAAGAAUAAUAAUAUGAUGAUCAAGAUUUUGGAAGAUUAUCACCAAAUUAUGACAACCAUGGAAAAGAUUAUAUACGAAGAUGAUAAUGCCAAUAAGUAUAAAACAAAUUUUAUCAAAGACAAGAAAAAGUACAACGAUUUAGUAAAAAAAGUCCUCGAAAGUAAUAACGCGUUGAAGAAUAAUAAUGAUAAAUUAUUUUUACCUAAUAAUAUGCUUAAAGGAAAGUUAAAAGCUCAUCAAGAGUUUAUAACAAAGCAUAUGAAUGAAAAUAAACCCAAGGAAUCUGUUAAUAAAAUUCCAAGCUUGACAGAUCAAAAAAAUGAAACAGAAAAUUUAGACAAACCUGAAACAGAAGUAAUUGAAAAAGGGGAUAAUUCUAUUAAUGAAGUAGACCCCCAAAAUAAUCAAGAUAUAAAUGUGGAAGUGGAAAAAAUUGAAAAAAUACAAGAACUUAUAAAAAAUAAAAAUACUGAUAAGCUAAAGUUUGAGGACUGCGUCGAUAUUAUGUACAAAUCGAAUGUAGUACUAACGCGUAGCAAAAUGGAGGAACUAAAAGAUAAAGAACCAAUAGCCAUAGAUGAGUUUGUAACUUUUAUUAAGCCAUUUAUUAUAAAUGAAGAAGACGCUUUAAAAAAUAUGAUAACUUUUUUUGAAAUUUGGGAUGUUAAGAAAACUGGAUAUAUGCAUAAGGACUUGUUUAUGCCCAUACUAAAAUAUUUUGGUGACCAUUUGACUGAUCAAGAAAUGGAAUAUUUACAAAAAGAACUAAGCUUAUCAAACGAACCCAAUAUAUCCUAUAUUGACAUACUGAAAAAGUGGAUAUAUGGAAAAGACCAACAGGCUUAG